GCCAAAUUAAUCGAGCUUAACAUUAUAACAAUGAUGACAAAGCUUACCCUAUUUGUCUUGUCCAUGGUGUGUGUACUAGCUUUGGCCUCUGCGCAAAGUGCCAUUGUGCAGUCUACAUAUCAUUUAUACCAACCUGAGCAGCAUAAUUGGGACUUGCUUGCUGUGAGUGCAUAUUGCGCCACUUGGGAUGCAAACCAGCCAUUCUCAUGGCGCAGCAAAUAUGGUUGGACAGCCUUCUGUGGACCUGCUGGACCUCAAGGCCAACCUUCUUGUGGCAGGUGCUUGAGGGUGACAAACACUCGAACAGGAGAUCAGCAAAUAGCAAGAAUUGUGGAUCAAUGCAAAAAUGGGGGGUUGGACUUGGACGUUAGUGUGUUCCAAAGACUUGACUCCGACGGAAGUGGAAAUGCUCAAGGCCAUCUUAUUGUCCACUAUGAGUUUGUGGACUGCGCUGACUAAACAUGUCUUUGAUUUGUAACUGAGCAAAUAUAUUAAUUGUAAGGGGCUAAGGGCUAUCAGGUCAAGGAGGAUUUAUUGAUUCCAGCUGCACGAUUAUUUUUACUAAUUGGAUAUGAAGUUAUGUUAGGUAGUUACCAAUUGUUCGAAAUUGGAAGGAAGACUGUUUUUUUGUUGUUUUAUUUCGUUUCAUUAAUUUUCCAUAAUAAAAGUCUUACGUGAAUUUCUUUAAA